AGUAGUACUCCUCAUCCUUCUCCCUCCUUCCUUUUCUCAUCUCCCUCCUCUCUCCUGUCUUCACUCAGUCCCAUCACUGACCCAAUUAAGUAUGGGGAGGGACACAGCAGAAGGAGAGUGACGGAAGUAAGGCGAGGAAGAGAGGGAGGACAGGCAGAGAAUAGAGUUUGAGAGUCAGUAGCUGGAUAAGCAGAGGGAGUCAGAAAACAAUAUCUGCCAACCUGUCAGGACACGUACAGUGAAUUGUCUGAACUUCACCUGGAACUUAAAUAACCUUUGACAGCCUUGGAGGCGACGGGGGUGGAGCAGCAAGCCAACAGUCCUGCUGCCACGCACUUACCACUCUCGAUGAAGAAACGAGGGGAAUAACAAUCUACGUUCAGUGAAGAAAGCAGGCAGGGAACUGUGCGGAGUUAGGAUGGUUGAAUACCGGCAUAUAGAGGGAGACUGAGAGGAAAGACUCAAGAGACAAAGACGGUGCAUUCCUUGUUAGAGCUGAGGGUGAGAACGUGGUUGCCCUGGAGCAAGAGAAGAUUUUUCUUGACAGAAACAGAAAAGGAAAAGGAUGCAUCUGUUUUUCCAAGAGAAGUGGGAGGUGGAGGGGCUGCAGACUGUGGGAAUCCUCCUGGUGGUCUGCAGCUCCCUCAAACUGAUGCACUUUCUGGGGCUUAUCGACCUUUCCAUGGCAGAGUUUCCUGAAUGUGGCAUUGCGAUAUGGCAGCCAGUCUGUUUAGGGAACCUGUGCGUUUCUAGGGGUCACACUGUGCUGCUGUUGUGCAGUAAUAUCUACCGUUUGAAGUGGUACUCGUGGUCUCCCAUCACUAAGGCAGGUAAUCCUUCCAACAGCCAAACCAAAAAAACGAUAAAGCAGCGAUUCCUCAAGCUGCUGCCGUGCUGCAAGCCCUCAGCUGCCCCCUCAAUCAGUCAAAACAGCGUGGAAGAUGACUUCGAGCUGUCCACUGUGUGCCAUCGCCCUGAAAGCAUGGACAAGCUGCAAGAGCAGACUAAGUUCACCAAGAAGGAGCUGCAAGUCCUCUACAGGGGCUUCAAAAAUGAGUGUCCGAGCGGUGUUGUAAAUGAGGAGAACUUUAAGAACAUUUACUCCCAGUUCUUUCCUCAGGGAGAUUCUAGUAUGUAUGCGCAUUUCCUGUUUGAAGCCUUCGACACUAACAAGAAUGGCUCAGUUAGUUUUGAGGACUUUGUAUUUGGCCUGUCUAUUAUCCUGAGAGGGACCAUUAAUGACCGGCUAAACUGGGCAUUCAACCUCUAUGACCUGAACAAGGAUGGCUGCAUCACCAAAGAGGAGAUGCUGGACAUCAUGAAGUCCAUCUAUGACAUGAUGGGGAAGUACACAUACCCCACUAUGCAGGACGAUGCCCCAAGAGAACAUGUGGAGAGCUUCUUCCAGAAAAUGGAUCGGAAUAAAGAUGGAGUGGUCACUAUAGAGGAGUUCAUUGAGUCGUGCAAAAAGGAUGAGAACAUCAUGCAAUCCAUGCAGCUGUUUGACAAUGUCAUCUAAAUAUCUGGACCUCUUAGGAUACUGGCACCAGGGAGGAGAACGUGUGUGUAAGAGGAAUCAGGACUGAAAAGAGAGAAAGGAUUUUUAAGUGUGUGUGUGUGUGUGUGUGUGUAUGCGUGUGUGCACAGCCGUCCUCUGACUUGCAAGUUUGUGCUUGUGUCUCUGUUGAGAGCUCUGAGUCCUGAUGGCACUGAGGGACCCUCUUCCUGGACCCCAGUGGCAUUUCUCCAAGGAACAAUGGUUUACCCAUCUCCCUUCCUCAUCAUGCAGAACCUGUUUUUACCCUAGAGACGCAGAGAGGGAAGGUAAGCAGUGGGCUCACAGGCACUGGCACACCCCCAAACCCCCACCUGUUUUAUCUGAACGUGUAUUUAUUACUAUUACUGUGGAGAAACUACUGCAGCCAGUAAUGUCUGAGCUCAGAGGGAGGAAGUUUUCCCUAAACCUUGACCUAAGACCACUUUCUCCUUUCUCUGUGAUUGUUGCAAUUUGGAUUUGUGAAUCUGAUCCUGCCUCUGUGCAUGUGGGUAACACCUUCCUGGAAGACUAGACUGUUUAUGCCCCAGCCAUAAAAAUAGAAAUGAAUCUACUGCCAUCUAGUGGUCAAGAGGGAGCACGCCACUUCCUGAGGCAACAAUUGGAUAUCCAAGCGAUGGACGUUCAAACAUAUUGUUUUCCAUAAGGAACUCAUUUCAGUAUCGCAUGAUGAUGUCACUAAUAUCAAAUUAUGUAUUUACAGAGAUACUCCAAAGUCUGCUUGUCUGUCUGGUGUUCCUAGUCAUUCACAGGUGCCUCACCCUUUGUGUAUAUCUGUGUGCAUGUGUAACAAAGAGAUGUCAUCCAGCUUACCUAUGUAAGACUAAUGGGGUAACACACACCGGCAUUUAUGGGAUUCUGGUAGAAUAAUUCCCAGCCUUCCAAACUGUUACAGUCCUAGCUGUAGACUGCUAUUGACUGUUGUACAAUAUCUAGCAUAUUCCCAGUGGUGUCAUAUUAGGCAGUACAAUGUGGGGAUUGCACUUUAGUUGACCAGCUGCUUUGACCAUCCCAGCUUCUCUCAACAUGGGACUGGCAUACCACUGUCAUACUAGUCUACUAUAUACAUUAAAUGGGAAUUAGAUUGUAGAAUGUAUUUGUGAAAUUCUUGUAAUCAGAAAUGUUAUGUGGUUGUAGCAGGUUCUACAACCCCAACUCAGAAAAAGUUGGGACACUAUGUAAAAUCAAAAUUGCAGCUGAAAAUAGUGAUGUGCAAAUCAUCGGUGCCCUGUAUUGCAUUGAAAACAAUACAGCAACAUAUUAUUUGAUGUGUUACCUCCUCUAUUUUAUUCUUUGUUUCAAAAUAAAUAAAUUCUGAUGCCUGCCACACACUCCAAAAUGGGGACAGGUCCAGACUGUAGGUAGGCCAGUUCAGCACUUGCACCCUUUUCCUCUACAGUCAGGCCUUGGUAAUGUGCACAGUAUGAGGUUUUGCAUUGUCUUAUUGAAAUAUGUAUGAGCGUCCCUGGAAAAG